UUCAACCGGAAACGCGCGCAAGAGCACGUGUUGUUUUCAAAAUGGAAGACGGUCACAAAAAGAAAAAGCAUAAGUCAGUAGAUGUUGCUGAGACACAGCAUAAUGCAGAUUUUCUCAUUCAACCUUCCUCUGAAGUACAGAAGUUAGACACAUCACAGUGGCCCCUUCUAUUAAAGAAUUUUGACAAACUUAAUGUGAAAACAGGAAGGUACACACCUAUACCAUCAGGAUGUUCUCCAUUGAAACGUCCCAUAGAAGAAUAUGUAAAGAGUGGCUUUUUAAAUCUCGACAAACCAUCAAAUCCCUCAUCACAUGAAGUUGUAGCUUGGGUGAAGAGAAUAUUGCGUGUAAAUAAAACUGGACAUAGUGGAACAUUAGAUCCCAAAGUAACAGGUUGUCUGAUUGUAUGUAUAGAACGUGCAACAAGACUCGUAAAAUCUCAGCAGGGUGCCGGCAAGGAGUAUGUUUGUAUUUACAGACUACAUAGUGUGGUGGAGGAUGAGAAAAGGGUUUUAAGGAAUUUGGAAACAUUACAAGGUGCAUUAUUUCAAAGACCUCCAUUGAUAUCUGCAGUAAAGAGACAGUUAAGAAUUAGAACAGUUUAUGAGGUGAAAUCAUUAGAAUACAAGAAGGAAGAUGCAAUGGGUGUAUUCUGGGUCAGCUGUGAGGCAGGCACAUACAUUCGUACCAUGUGCGUACAUCUGGGACUUCUGCUCGGAGUUGGAGGCCAGAUGCAAGAACUGCGGCGGGUCCGAUCAGGCAUUCAAAAUGAGAAGGUUGGUAUGGUGACACUACAUGAUGUCCUUGAUGCUCAAUGGAUGUAUGAUAACCAUAAAGAUGAGAGUUACCUCAGACGUGUUAUUAAACCUCUAGAAGCUCUCCUCACAUCACAUAAGCGUAUUGUGAUAAAAGAUUCUGCAGUGAAUGCUGUCUGCUAUGGAGCAAAGAUAAUGUUACCAGGUGUGUUAAGGUAUGAGAAUGGUAUAGAAAUAGAUGAGGAAAUAGUCAUUGUAACAACUAAAGGCGAGGCAGUAGCAUUAGCAAUAGCCCAGAUGACAUCAGCCGUGAUGGCAACAACAGACCACAAUAUUGUUGCAAAGAUAAAACGUGUGAUCAUGGAGAGAGAUACAUAUCCUAGGAAAUGGGGACUGGGACCAAGGGCUAUGAUUAAGAAGCAGAUGGUUAAAGAAGGUAAACUGGACAAAUAUGGAAAACCAAAUGACAAAACACCCAAAGCUUGGAUGGAAAUAUUGAAGAAAUCUGGGGACUUGGGAGAGGGGGCAGAUAUCAAACCAGAUAUAAACAACAUAGAACAGGCACAAACACCUCUUAAGAGGAAGCAUGAAUCAGGCAGUAGUUCAGAUGAAGGAGCAAAUGUUUCAUCAAUGUCUUCACCUAAAACACCAACAGCUGGAGGUGACAGUCACAAAAAGAAAAAAAAGAAAAAGAUAAAGGAGGAGCCUGUUAGUGGAGAUGAACAACCAGUUGAGGAGACUGAGCCAACUUCAGAGAAAAAGAAGAAAAAGAAAAAGAAACACAAGAAAGAAGCUGCAGACUCUGAUUGAGUUUCACCAGUUAUAUGCUGAUUGGUGAACAUAUAUAAAGACAAUUAAGAAGGAAAAGCAGCCAGUGUUCCCAAAACAAACUACGGAUAAUUGCUGGUCUUUUCGGAUCAGUACUUGAAAAUGAGGUUUCACUUGUGUAGGAAAUUUUGUAUUUCCCUGUGGAAUUUCACCUGCAUAAUUGUAGCUGUAUGUUUGCAGCAAAGUGAGCUGACAUUACUGAUUAGACAUAUUUCAGUAAAUUUUAUAAACACAUGCAGAGAAAAUGAAACAGUAUUGUCCAAAAUCUAAUAUUUUUAUGCUUGUACAUCCAGGGUGACAGGGUCUUUGUUCCAGGUUUUGGACAGAAAUUUGGUCCCUAAGACUUUAAAACUUUUAAGUGUUUAUACAUUAUUUUUCUUGCUCUCAGAAAAAAAAAUUGAUUUUGAUAAAGAAUAUUACCUGGUAAAUAAGCAAUAAUUCAUUUACCUGUGUUUUAUUUCAGCUUAAAUUUUAUACCGUGAUAGCAAAAUUUUUAUUGACAGAAUUCCCUAGUUCUUUUAAAAUACUUAAAAAAUAAGAUCUGCCCUCAGAAGGCCCUGUCCCCAUAGAGUAAAGGAUUGUAAUAUCCAGGUUACCUGUCGUGAGGAAGUAUGAAGUUUUCCACCUGCAAUACUGGUUCUUAAAGUUAAUUGUAAUAUCUGAACUUGCUUGUUUUAAACAGCUAGUUAAAUGUAGCUUCCUAAAUAAACGUGUGCAGAAAAUUGUGAUUUAGUUGAGACAAAAUGAUAGUAAAAGAAUGUUAAAAGCUCAGUCCUGAGAGAUAAUUUUUAUCACUAGCAAGGAGCAUACUGGAACCUUGGCAUAUGAUUAUAGGUGUCCCACCCCAGUAACACUGCUGGGCGAGGACCCCACUACUGCUGUACUUCACAACUUAAUUCUUAAAUAAUGAAAUCCCUGCUGUCUGGAAAAAAAGAACAGUUCUGGGGUGUUAAAGAUGUUAUGGUCAUCAUGUUUUUCUGACUUCUAAAAAUAGUGUUUGUACAGUUCCAUUUUUGAAAGGACCAAACCUUGGGUCCCAAUUAUCAAAAUAGUUUUGUUCUUACAUCCUGAUCGGUCAAAACUAGUUGGUCAAUAAUUGUUUAGUAACGUAAAAUGGUACAGUAGUGCAUCACCAAGGUGUGUUUGGGGAAUUCAGCAAACCCAUGUAUAAUGAGUCUGCCAGUGAAAUCAAACAAUACAAAUUACUGGUUUCUGUAUGGUUUUUCGCAGGGGGUAAGACUUGUUGCAGGGUGGAACCAGUGUAACUCAGCAAAUCGACACACACAGUGACACUUCAUGUGCAACAACUGUAAAAGUUUAACAAUUCUUGCGCCACUUGAAGAAGGCCCUCGGGUCUUACCCCAACCCCAACGUAAUGUUUAUACAUACAGUAUUGAAAAUAUGAUUACAACACGUAUACAAUACCAGUAGAUGGACUAAAUAUAUUACUGAUCAUUCGUCUAGAAGAGAAAUGUGUUCAUUAUAUCUCCAUGUUUUUGUUUUUAUUCAUAUGCAUUUGUUAAAAAAUAUGGCUAUUUUCAGUUGUAUAAAUUGUGAAAGACCUGAAA